AUGGCCGCCGCAGCGGAUGCUGCAAAAUCCAGCGCGCUGCUUGCUAUGAACAAAGUGAACAACACAAAAUGCCGCGCGUGCCUCUCAGUAAGUCGUCAAACCGUCAAACUCGAUGCCAAAAUACCGGAUCUAAAGAACGCGCGCACAUACGGUCAAGGCCUACGCCAGUGUACGAAUCUACCAUUGACGGCUCGCUCACCCGGCGGCUACAGGUGGCCCAUGCAGAUUUGCGUCCGCUGUUGCCGAGCCCUUGAAGUAACAAUGCACUUCGUAGAGCUCGCCCUAGAGUCCAAUCGUAAACUAUUUGCCGAGUCGCAAAGCCUUAAGCUGUUACCGCCUUCACAGACGACGUUGACGACAACGACAACAGGUGAACUGAAGCGCAAAGCUAGUAGCGAACUCCUGCAUUGGAAUCAAUUCAGUCAAGAGUUCCAGCAAUUCGUGGAGAGCUAUGAUGGUGUGUCCGCCCCCAUAGAGGAGAACGUACUUUAUAUGCGCGGUGCAAAAAUGCCACGUCUAGACACUGAUGUUGCGUUUACCGACGAGCCACCCAAGGAGGAUGAAAUAAUAAUCUUUGAUGUCAAGUAUGAUAGCAAUGAUCAGGAUGAGGAAGAUGAGAACGAUGGGUCGGAUGCGAAGAACAGUGAAACCUUCUAUGACAAUAGUAUUAAUAUCAAUGAAAGCAAAACCAGCGAGAACAACAACAAUUAUAAUUUUAAUAAUAAAAAUGGUGACUUAUCCGGUCUUCCGGACGCUGAGUGCGACCUCAUACAGCGCGCGCUCUAUAUGACUCUGAACGACCAUAAUAACAGCGGUCAAAGCAAGCAGGAACUGCAAUCUAUUGAAUCCAUCAAAGCGACGUUAUUAAAAUCUUCGGAGGAACUGAGUGGCUCAACUACCAGCUCCAUGGCCACCACCUCAAAGGUAACGACCAGCAAAGAAGUAAAUGUGAACAUACCGUUGCUCACCUGCACUAUCUGUAAGCACACGCACACGGAUGCCAAACAGAUGCGCACUCAUUAUAUGAGAGUCCACAAUUGUGAUGUGUCCGAGGAUGAUAUCAUUGGAUUGACGAAAAAUCAAAGCUUUAAAUGUCGCCCCUGUAAUAACUAUGUAACCAAUAGUCGCACGGACAUGCAGCAGCAUCUAAUAGAGCAUCACAAAAUUGAUGGCGAUUUUGAAAUGUAUUGCUACGUGCAACAGAAUUGUCCCGCCUGUGGACGGAUUUUCAAGGAUCAGCGGUCGGCUCGCACGCACUAUACAAGAAUGCAUACGCCUCAACAGCAGCAGCCAUUGGGCGCAGAUAUUACUGAACAUCAAUUUAUAUGCGCCUCCUGCGACAAGGUGUUCAACUUGAAGAGCAGUCUGCAGGCGCAUCAGCGCUUCUGCCAGGUGAAGCAGCCUGUGCAUUGCAAUUUUUGUGAGCAAAAAUUUAGCAGCAUGCGCAAAUACGAGCUACAUUUGCAGCAGCAGCAUGCCGUGGAUACCUUGCACGAAUGUGAAAUAUGCUUGAAGAGCUUUAAGAACAGUGAAUCGCUGUCGGUGCAUCGGAAGCGGCAUUCAGAGCGGCAUUAUCAGUGUGCGCAGUGUUCGCUUAACUAUAUCAAUGCGGCCGAGCUGCGUGUGCAUUAUGAACGUGCCCACGUUCAGGAAGAAGAGGUGGUCAGCUGUCGCAUUUGUGACAGUAAAUUUCAAAAUUUUGCCUUACUGCGUGAACAUGAGCAGCGUAAUCACCAGAAGUCAAAGAUUUGGCGUUGUGACAAUUGCAACUUCGAGACAAAUUCACGGGCUCGUCUUCGACAACAUCAAUACGAGCAUACAGACUAUCCAUACAAGUGCCAGCACUGCCCAGAAGAGUUUGCUGAUCGCGGCAAGAUACGUCAACAUUCCAAGAAGAUGCAUGCGGUGGAGCUCACGGAUGAGCAACUGGCUGAAAUGUUUAGAGAACGCAUUGGCUAUACCAAUCGACAUGAUGCAUUCAGCAAGAGUAACAACUCAUUGGAAAUACCGGGCUUCAGUGAUGACUGCUUUACGGAGCUGAAAAGCAUGGGCUUGGACUACGAUGAUAUUACAACCGAUCUCUUUUCGAAUUCCAUUAGCGCGCUAGACAAUCUGCUUGAAUUGGGGCCAUGAAGCAUGAAGAGUAACGGAUACAUUUACCUGUAUAGAAUUUUAACGAUGAAUAGCUAACGAGACUGGAAGACUGUUUGCACCUAUCAAUCAAUCAAACCAUUCAUCAAGUAGUAACAA